UGCUACCACGCAGACAACCUAACUGCUGUCUAGCGAGCUUGCUAACUACCAACGGAUCUCCCAGCUGAGAGGAAGCAACGGGAGGAAAUCAGGGCAGAUGAUGACCGCGAUUCAUAAUAAAAUGUGUUGGAGCCGGGCCCUUCACACUGGCUUGCUUCUGCUGCUCGUCCAGUUCCUUUGCCUAGAGGCAGUGCCCAUAAGUAUGGACAAGACAAAAGUCCAUGAGCCAGAGAAGAAAACCGAAGAGGCUCCAGCUAGUGUGGACACUGGACUCCACUAUGACCGUUACCUCAGGGAAGUCAUCGAUUUUCUAGAGAAAGAUCAGCAUUUCAGAGAAAAGCUCCACAAUACAGACAUGGAAGAUAUUAAGCUAGGUAAACUGGCCAAAGAGCUGGACUUUGUCAGCCACCAUGUCAGAACAAAGCUGGAUGAGUUGAAGAGGCAGGAGGUAAACCGACUUCGUACUUUGAUUAAGGCCAAGCAAGACCUCGAAGGAGGGAAUGAUAUAGCAGUUGACCACCAGGCUCUGCUGAAGCAGUUUGAGUACCUGAACCACAUGAACCCACAUACAUUUGAAGUGGAUGACCUGGACCGGCUCAUUAAAUCGGCCACUAAAGAUCUGGAAAACUAUGACAAAGAGAGACACGAGGAGUUCAAGAAGUAUGAAAUGACAAAAGAGCAUGACAGACAGGAACACCUGAAAACACUGGACGAAGACGAAAGGAAAAAAGAGGAGGAGCACUAUGAGGAGAUGAAGAAGAAGCAUGCUGACCAUCCUAAAGUCAACCACCCAGGUAGCCAAAAUCAACUGAAGGAGGUGUGGGAGGAAGGGGAUGGCUUGGACCCUGAAGAUUUUGACCCGAAGACCUUUUUCAAUCUGCAUGAUUCAAAUGGAGAUGGCUUUUUUGAUGAACAGGAACUGGAGGCAUUAUUCACCAAAGAGCUGGAAAAAAUCUAUGACCCAACAAAUGAGGAGGAUGAUAUGGUGGAGAUGGAGGAAGAGCGGCUACGUAUGAGAGAGCAUGUUAUGAAUGAGGUGGAUUCUAACAAAGACAGACUAGUUUCUUUAGAAGAGUUUCUUGUUGCUACUAAGAAAAAGGAGUUCUUGGAACCAGACAGCUGGGAGACCCUGGAGCAGAACCAGGCUUACACCGACGAGGAGAUGAGGGAAUUUGAGGAUCAUCUUGUGCAGCAGGAACAGGACCUCUACCAGAAAGCCGAUGACCUCCAGAAACAGAGAGACGAGCUGGAGAGACAGCAGGAGCAGCUUAAUGCUCAAAAAGUAGAGCUGCAACAGGCCGUGGAGCAUAUGGAAAAGCUGAAAUCCCAGAAAAUAGAACCCCCUCCAGAGAUUCAUGGAAAUGCUGUCCCGGAGAUGCAUGCGGUGGACAACCAGUUGCAUCAUGAACAAGAGGCCCACCCAGUGCAGGGGCAUGAACCUGAACCCCACCCAGUGCAGGGGCAUGAACCUGAACCCCACCCAGUGCAGGGGCAUGAACCUGAACCCCAAGUUCAACAACACACACCGCAGGAACACGAUGAACAACAUCAAGACGUGGCCCAGCACGAUCUGCCCCAGACACACCAGGAUGUGCCACCAGGCCACCAGGACGCUGCACACGACCAGCAUAACCUGCCAUAACUGUGCUGUCAGAACUUGAACCUCCACAAGCAGACUGCAGCAGCAACUCCACUCCAGCGGGUGGAGUGGCUCUGCUUUAGGACUCGUAAAACCAGCUUGACUUUGGGGGUUUGACUCGAAGAUGAGUAAGAACGGCACAAAGAAAUUCCUCCUGAAUGAUACCGGUUUGGUGAUAGCUGUAACCCUUUGGGUUACAUAACGGAAUUAAGAUAGAAUUAGUAAAAUUACCAACCAAGGAUGUGCAUCUUAAAAUGGGCAAAAAUUAGAUUUUCAAGGAAUGUUUCAUUACUUUCAAAAUUAUCAUAAUUGUUCGGUAACACAAUCAUACAAAAAAAGGUUUUUACUUUACUUUUUUUUUUGCUGUUAAAAGUAAAUAACAAUGCUACUGAUUCAACAACUUAGAUAUGUACAGUGCAGCUGUUUAAUACGAUAUGGUGUAAAAAGUGAUUUCAAUUAGUGACUGACAGCAAAUUGUGUUUCACUCAACUGCAUCAGAGAUUUUAGAAAGAUGAUUUUUAAAUGUCUUGCACUCUAUUAUAGCCUUCAAGAACCCAAAAGAGACACUAUACGUUUGAACCAAUAUGCAUUCAUUUGAGUUCUCAACCAAAACCAUUUGAUAAUGUAAUAAUAUACAUAUAUAAUGUAUUUUAUUUCCCCGAUCACAAAAUAGCGCUAAGCCCGACCGCUCAGUCCUUUUCAAGACCUACCAGCAUGUUUGAUUCUCUCUUCUUGUGGAAUCUGGCUGCUAUCAUUACCUGUCAACUGUUAGCCUACCGUUAUGUGUAGUCCAAUUUUUAGAGUUCUCUCAACUGUAGAAAAUGCGUCCUCUUCCUAAGAUGACAUCUGGUACGGUCAUACAGAAACGGGCCAUUUUUUGGCCAUAACAAAGCUGCACUCUGCUAACUUUGAUGUCAAAAUACAUAAAGGUGCUUGGUUCUUUAAGUAAAGACAGGUGUGGAACCACUCUCCCCGCUUCUCCUACUCCAUUACACCAAAAACUCCUGCAAUGCUUACACAGGGCAUUUAGGCUACCUGCAGGAAAUUAGACCUUUUGAAAUAGUUUGUUUUGCUACGCUUAAAAGUAGCAUUUACGAUCCGGUUUAUGUUUAUACGAGAGUUGAUCGUGUUUUCCAGUUCGGUUUUAAACAAAGUAUUUUUGUACUUUGGUGAACUAGUUAAUUUUAACAUACGAGAGAAAGUGCAACGUACUGAUUAGGUGAGUGUGGGAGAUUGGCGUCUGAUAUAUUACCACUUUGUUUUUAUUGCCUGAUUAAUAUUGUCAACAGUCCCAAACUCAUUUGACAAACGUGGCACAGCAUAUUUUCCUCACAAAGGACCAGUUUGCUGUAAUUGCUCAGCUGUAAUUGCUCAUGUAAUGUUGGGGUUUCUUCUAGCUGGCACAAUGUUGCCAUGGCGAUCACAUGUUUACCUAUUGGCCACUUUUUACUGAAGAAAGCUUAAUUUGCAUCCAAUUAAAUAACUGGUUACUUUCUUCAAAAUCCAGAUAUGGAACACACUUUUUAUCUUGUUUGCGGUGUAAGUUGUUUACUGUGUCCAAAGUGUUCCUUAUGGGUGAUCCAAUACUGCGUCAUAAUUUGCACCAAAUACAGAUUAUGUUAUCUGACCGCUUGCUGCUGGAUAAAAGUCAUUUUGGCAAUACUGUAUACCACCUCUGUUAAAGAUAAUAAAACAUGCAUCAGCGUUUA